ACAUCGCACAAUAAGCAUGUUUAUCUGCAACUCCAUAUGUAUACCAAGAUAAAGUUUCGUGUGACCUCUAAUGUUCUUUUCCUCCUUUUUAUUUUCUUUUCUUUUUCCAAAAAGGAUAAAAAUGGCUAUUCGAGGGAAGUAAAAUAAGUGAGCCGGUGGAAUAAUCCCUUCCUCGGCAUCCUUCGGUCCCGGAAUAUGCCCCCGGCGUCUCCCUCCUCGCGUUCCUCUCGUCGGUGAGCUCCUGCCGCCUGGCUCGCACAGCCGAUUUGCCUCAGUCCAGAUCGUGCCUCCUUCUUCCUAGAUCGGGUCCGAAUUCGGCUACCCUCGCCACCGCCCUACGCCAGGUGCCGAGGCCUCCGCCGAUCUCUUCGCCGGCGAAGAGCGGCCACCAGAAUUCUGGUGGUUCCUGUAGCUUGUGGAUGGAGGAGGAGGCGCUGGGUCGUGGUGGUGGUGAAAAGCUUUGAUUUCGUAGCCGUGGUGGACGCCGCUGCUAAUGCCCUUGCCGUGCCUCGUUGGUGGCGUGCAAGAUGUAUGCCGUGGGGAAGGUGGGCAGCCUCAUCUCCCGCAGCGUGUACACCGUCUCCGGCCCGUUCCACCCGUUCGGCGGCGCGGUCGACAUAGUCGUUGUGCAGCAGCAGGACGGCAGCUUCAAGAGCUCGCCGUGGUACGUGCGGUUCGGCAAGUUCCAGGGGGUUCUCAAGUCGAGGGAGAAGGUUGUCGACAUCUCCGUCAAUGGCGUCGACGCAGGGUUCCACAUGUACCUGGACAGCAACGGCGAGGCUUACUUCCUCAGGAACGCGGACCCGAAUGGUGAGGAAGGGGAGUUCAUUGUCUCCCCCGCCUCGUCGGGAGAUGAGCGAGAGGUGCCGAUCCAGGAAGCUCAGCUGAGGAAGUCGAAGAGCACUUCGUGUGAUAGCUCGACGAUGGAAGCCGACGUCGGUGAGGGCAAGAUUCUUGCGAGGACAACCUCGAGGCGGAUAACCAUACUUGAAAGGAUGUUUGGCCGGAAAUCGAUUAAGAACAAUGCCCAUGCUGUGGAUAGGGUGAGUUCAUUGGAGCGUGCAGAGGUCGCUGCAGAACUCCUAGAUACCAAGUGGUCAACAAAUCUCCCACGUAGUUCAAAACCUAAUGGUUCAAAUGAUGAGCCUUCCAAGAGCAACAAUGAUCAGAUGGAAACCUCAAAACCUGUAUUUUCGGAACAUAGUUUGGAUCAUGGGAAAGAGAUGGACUCUAACUGUGACAAUGCUCACUGCAAUUCAUGCAGCCCUCGUGGAGGAAGAAACAGUUCAGCAGAUGAAACCGAUCCGUGUUUACAAGCCACUAUUGUGAAGAAAGAGGUGGUUGAGAUACACGCGCGUGAGAGCAGCGACUUCACUGAUAAUAUCACUUCAAUCACACAUCAACAAGGGUCAGAAUCUUCGUCAAAUGAUCUGGGAACAGAUAAACUUAUGCAGCAGUCUGUCGAUACUCAAGAUGAGUUGCUGCAUGAUGUUGAAGAUGUAACUGAAAGGGAGACACAUGCAGAGGAGGUUAUUUCCAAUGACAUUUUUGAAAUCCAUGUUGUUGAGACAGACAUUACAAGUGGUAAGAGCGAGGUGGAUUCUGAGAUUGUUACUGUGGAUCCAGAACCAGAUCGAGCUAACCAGAAUUUUACAGAUACAAAUUACCAAAAUUAUGGCACCACAGAUAUUUCAUCUGAAAGACAUGAGGUUUCAUUGAUCCCUUCUGCACAGGAUGCAGUUCAAGAGAAAAUAGUUAUCCUCAGCAGUUCUGAGGCUGUGGAGGGCUCACUAGAUGCAGUUCCAGAGAAAGUAGUCAUUCUCAGCAGUUCUGAGACUGUGGAUAGCUCAUAUGCUGUGUCCUGUAUUUUGGAUGACACAGUUCAUGAUGCUUCUGAUAUCUCACAGGCUGACGGUGUACAACAUGAGGAGCACUCUAGUAUCUCUGAUGGGAGUACAGAAAAGCUAAUUUCUGAGGAAAGUUCAUUAGUAUGCUAUGGUGUUCCCAGCAACAAAAAAGACUUGGUUAAUAUAGCUGUUCAAGAAAGUAAAGCCUUUAUCUUAAAAAAUCCUGCCUCCCAAAUCUUGGAAGAGAGUGGUCCAGGUUUGGAUGUAUCUACAGACAGUGUUUCCCUUUCACAUGCAGACUCAGCUCCUGAUUUAGCUUGUCAGCAUGUUUCUCCUAAUGUUGAAGAUACAACAAGUUAUGAGCCUGGCAUUGGUCCUGAAGAUGUAACAAAAAACUCAGUUGUGGAAAAUGGAGCAUGCAGCGGGGAACUUGUUGUUUCUGUUAUUCAGACCUCAGCGGGAGAUGGACUGACAAAAUGCAUUGCUCAUCCAGCUGUUUUUUCUAAUAAAAUAGAAGUAGAAGGCUCACCAACUUCUGCUGGAUUUUCCAGUUUGAUCAGUGUUGAAGUGCAAAACACAAAACUAGAAGAUGACACAAACAAAUCUAGUUCUGUGAUUGGAGAUGAAGCUGGUUUUGUGCCUGAGGCUACAGCUGAGCUUGAUGAAGAAGCAGAACCAGUUAUAUCAUUAUCUGAAUAUACAGAAGAAAUUCAGUUUCAAUUUAGUGAUGCUGAAAAUUUUGCAGAUAGAAAGGCCACGGAUGACAUGGUGGCUAACAAAACAACAGGUGAAGUAGAACAUGAUGAAUCUGAUUGUGACACAGAGAAACAGGAAGAAGGUGAUGUAGGUCUUGUAAAUGACUUGGAGAACUGUUCUGCGUCAUUAAAGCCUGUGAGUAGCCCUGUUUCUAUUCCUGCAAUUGACUUCCAGUCAGGAAAUAGUAACAGAGAGGCUAAAUCUCUACCAAAUCUCCGUUCUCAUAUACAUGAUCUUGAAAGGUCUUAUAGUUUUCAGCUAAGCCGCUCACUGCAAUCAACUGCUGAAAAUAAUGGAAUUGAUCUAGUCAAGAGCAUGAAUUAUGCUUUUCUUGAGCAGAAAUCAGAAGCUAUUGGUGAUUUUUCAGAAGAAAAUAACAGCCCUCCUGAGGUUACCAACACUGUAGCACUUGAUGGCAACCAUGCUGAUGAUCUGAAAGUUGAUGCGUUCAUUCCUUUUGCAGAAUUAUCACUAUGCAGACACCUGUUAUCUGAAGGCAUGGGGGAGGAUGCUGCUUGCAGUGCAUUUGAUUCUGAGAAGGUAACCUUAGAGGAGUUCCGUAACAUGAAGCAAUCACUGAUGCGAAACAACAAACUAGUUGUUAGGAUUGCUGGCCGCUACUUUCCCUGGGAUGCUGCUGCACCUAUAGUACUCGGUAUGAUUUCUUUCAGUGAGGAACAAGUUUUUGAACCCAAAGGAAUGAUAAAUGUGGAGCGAGUUGAGCAAAGUGCAGCUCCAGGUGGCAGCUGGAGCAUCUGGCCAUUUAGUUUCAGACGAACAAGGACUAUUACUGCUAUCCAGCCAGUUUGUGAAAGUAUUGUUGAGACUUCUGUAUCCACUCCUAAAGAAUUGACACAUUUUAAAGAACUAGAUAGAGAAAGGAAUAAAUCCAGGGUAAAGAGGAUUGAGAGGAAGGUGCGAUCACUCACUCCAACAUCUGACGAGCUUGCAUCUCUUGAUCUCAGAGAGGGCAGGAACGUGGUAACAUUUACGUUCUCAACUGCAAUUGUUGGGAAACAGCAGGUUGAUUGCCACAUAUAUUUAUGGAGAUGGAAUACACGCAUUGUAAUAUCUGAUGUGGAUGGAACUAUCACCAAGUCUGAUGUUCUUGGGCAGUUCAUGCCACUAGUUGGAGUUGAUUGGUCCCAAAACGGAGUUGCUCAUUUAUUUUCUGCAAUAAAGGAAAAUGGAUACCAGCUUCUAUUUCUGAGUGCACGCGCUAUUUCACAAGCCCACAUCACAAGACAGUUUCUUUUCAACCUAAAGCAGGACGGCAAAGCACUUCCUGAUGGCCCUGUUGUUAUAUCUCCAGAUGGUCUCUUCCCGUCACUUUACAGAGAAGUCAUCAGAAGAGCUCCGCAUGAAUUCAAGAUUUCGUGUCUAGAGGCCAUCAAAGAUUUAUUUCCACACGACUCAAAUCCGUUUUAUGCUGGAUUUGGAAAUAGAGACACAGACGAGCUUAGCUACCUCAAGGUUGGUAUUCCUAUGGGCAAGAUCUUCAUAAUAAACCCCAAGGGUGAAGUCGCAGUGAACCGACGGGUCGAUACAAAGUCGUACACAUCCUUGCAUGCUCUUGUCCACGGGAUGUUCCCUCCAAUAUUGUCGUCAUCUGAGCAGGAGGACUACAAUGCUUGGAAUUACUGGAAGAUGCCAUUGCCUGAUGUUGAUUUGUGAGGUACAAGUCGAGUCUGCACAACAGCACUGCACUAAUUUUAUGAUGUGCCGUAGUGAUCAUGAGAAGGCCAUUACUUGGUUGGCUACAUGUGGAUGCUCCUGCUCCUGAUAUAAGUUCCUGCAAGAUGGAAUUUUGUAUAUAUAGGAUCAUAAUAGAUGUAGUAGCUAUUUCUUGUGUCUCCUGUUGUUGUUGUUGUUGUCGUCGUAGGACUGGAAAUCAUACCUCCGUGUGUCCUGUAACUGAAGGUACAAAAUUUACUGGAUGGAGGGAUCUGAUAGUAUGUUGCAGCCCCCCCUUUUUCGUUUCAUCCUUGAUGUAAUUGUGGUACCGAUGUAUUUUGUACAAGAACAAAUCAAUAAUAAUGCAAUCGAAAGCGAGCUGUUCAUACGCAGACACAA